CGGAUCUACCAACUAGUGUAAAAUGAAUUUCAGGCAGAGUGAAAGUCGACAGUAUGAACACAACCUCAGAUUAACUUCGUAAAAGUGACUGAUUCGAGUUCAGGGGCUCGAUCAUGACUCAUGGCAGUGACUGCUGUACAGCAGCAGAAGAUGGAGCAGAGAGUGACCAGCAGCAGCCUCUCAUUCUGGAAAGAGUGGAGAAAGAGAAGGGAAAAUCCUGUCGAACCGCUGCGUUGCGUCGGUUGAAGAAACACUGCUCGUGCACCCCAAAGAAGGCUAAAUCCAAGAUACUGGGCUUUUUCCCAAUUCUGAAAUGGCUGCCACGCUACAAGCUCAGGGACUGGAUUCUGGGCGAUGCCAUGUCAGGACUAAUUGUUGGAAUCCUUUUGGUCCCACAGUCUAUAGCUUACUCCUUAUUGGCCAGUCAGGACCCUAUAUAUGGUCUCUACACUUCUUUCUUCUCCUCCAUCAUCUACGCCCUCUUAGGCACUUCCAGACACAUCUCAGUGGGGAUUUUUGGGGUGCUCUGUCUGCUUGUGGGCCAGGUUGUGGACAGGGAGUUGGCUUUGGCAGGAUACCUAACAGAGAGCAGCAUCACCAGUAGUAACAACAGUGCCAUCCUGCUGGCUGGCCCGGGGAAUGGCAGCGUUGAGGUGGGAUGUGACAGAAGCUGCUAUGCGAUCACAGUGGGAGCCACAGUUACCUUUACCGCUGGGGUUUACCAGGUGCUCAUGGGCAUUUUCCAGGUAGGCUUCGUCUCCGUCUACCUCUCUGACUCCCUUCUCAGUGGCUUCGCUACAGGAGCCUCCCUGACCAUCCUCACUUCCCAGUUCAAGUACCUUCUGGGUCUGAAGAUCCCCAGGCCCCAGGGUUGGUUCACUCUAUUCAAGACCUGGUACAGCCUCCUCACCAACCUGGGGAACACAAACAUUUGUGACCUGGUGACCAGUUUGGUGUGUUUGCUUGUACUGAUACCUACCAAGGAGCUCAAUGAUCGCUUCAAAGCCAAGCUAAAGGCCCCAAUUCCUUUUGAACUCUUUGUGGUGAUAAUUGCGACACUGGCUUCUCACUUUGGCCACUUCAACACAGAGUAUGGGUCCAGUGUGGCCGGCGACAUCCCCACAGGCUUCCUCCCUCCCCAGUUGCCCUUAUGGUCUCUGAUUCCCAACGUGGCUGUUGACGCCUUCUCCAUCGCCAUCGUGGGAUUCGCCAUCACCGUGUCACUGUCAGAAAUGUUCGCCAAGAAGCACGGCUACACAGUGGACGCCAACCAGGAGAUGUACGCCAUCGGCUUCUGCAACAUCCUGCCAUCGUUUUUCCGCUGCUUCUCCACCAGUGCUGCUCUGACAAAGACCCUCGUCAAGGAGUCAACAGGGUGCCAAACUCAAGUGUCAGGGCUGGUCAGCGCCCUCAUCCUGCUGCUGGUGCUUCUAGUUAUCGCACCGCUCUUCUAUUCCCUUCAGAAGUGUGUACUUGCCGUCAUCAUCGUGGUCAACCUCCGUGGUGCUCUACGAAAGUUCACCGACAUUCCCCGCAUGUGGCGUGCCAAUCGGGGCGAUACCUCCAUCUGGCUGAUCACCAUGCUGACCUCGUCGCUGGUCAACACGGAGCUGGGUCUCCUCGUGGGGGUUUUGGUGUCAGCCUUCUGCGUACUAGGCCGAACCCAGCAAGUCCAGGUCCUGGAGCUGGGCCGGGCUGCAACCAAGGAGCAUUACGAGGACCUGUCAUCUUACCGCGGCCUUCAGACGCAUCCAGGAGUGGCUGUUUUCAGAUACGAGGCUCCGAUCUAUUACGCCAACCAGAGCUUGUUCAAAAGAUCCCUCUACAAGCGCGUAGGGCUCGACCCUGUGAAGGAGAAAACACGACACUUAAAGUUCAAGAAGAAGAAGAGCAAACAGCAGAAAGAGGUUGCAAAAGAUCCAAAUAUGAAGUCAGAGGGGAAGAAUGCCUGUGAAGAUGAGGAUGUUGAAGCUACUGCGACUGUAAACUUGAUGCUUGACGAGAAAUCUCGUAGCUUGCACAGCAUAGUGAUAGACUGCAGUGCCAUCUUGUUUCUAGAUACCGCUGGAGUGAAUGCUCUGAAAGAAGUCCGCAAAGAUUAUGGAGAACUUGGGGUCAAGGUUGUCCUGGCCCAGUGUAAUACCUCACUACUGGACACUCUGGAAAGAGGGGGAUACUACCCCGACACAAAAGGAGGUGAUGGAGGGGAGAACAGCAUUGUAUUCUUUACCAUCGCAGACGCCGUCCGCUACGUCCAAAGCCUCUCUGCUCCUAAUGGAGACUGUGACACCAAAUGCUAAGGAGAUAAUCUAUCUGUCCAAAUAUCUAUGUUUACAUAUAUGCAGUGUACAACUCACAUGAUGACAAAAUUCAUUGUUGCCUAUGUGCCUUAUAAUGCUACAGUGGUAGCAGCAGUUACAAAGAAGAGAUGCAGGACAGUUACACAAAGGAAGAACUUCAGUAGACAAUUCUUUAUUUAAUACUGCUUCACCAUGUUAAACGCUAAAAGAUUAAAGUCCUCCUUAUAGAAAUUUUUUGCACAGUCAUCCAGAAAUACACCAUACACAGGGUUAUUUAGAGCCAUCUUGAUUAGGAAUAAUGAAAAUUUUUUAUUCCACUAUUAAUGUUCCUACAAUAUUCACACGCAGAGAGGCAACAAAUUUAUCUAGUUAAGGACUAUAGUUUACUGAAAUUAAAUAUUCUUUCAUGCAGUCCUAAAUUGUGGAGUUCACAUAAUAAUAUGUGCUGUAGGGUGGGGUGUGUGCUUUGAGGGGAAUUCAUUUAAGAUUCAGUUUAGUUUGAAGCGUCAUGAUUAAUCAUUUGAAAGGUCUUGCUGUUAAAAUCAAUAUAUGCAAUCUUUCUAUCGCAGUAAUCACAGGUGAAAAAUUCCAUAUUAUCUUUAAAAUAUUUAUUUUAUAAGAAUUAGCCAGACUGUACCUGAACAUGAAUGUACCUAUAAUGCAGUUUUCUCUCAUAGGAGCAAUAAUGAAGGGAAAAGUUUGGGUUUUUUCCAGUGAGAAAGCCUUGGUCAUGUUUACAAAGCUUUUAAGCAAUAAAUUAUCAGCGAUGGGAGACAGACAAACACAUUUCUGUUACUUUGCAUUUUGCAGCCUUCAUAUAUUUAAAACUGCAGUUUCUUGACAGAUGCCUAUUCAGUGCCUAUACUGUACAAAUGUUUUCAUACCAGGUCAUUUCACAUAUAAAUGCCAGUCACCUUUCUACUGUUGUAACUGUAAAACCUAAGUGUUUUCUUUUUCUUCCAGAGCGCAAUUAGUUCCUGAUCCACAAUCUUAUUACCAAAAGAUUUAUCUGUUAUAUCAUAAAUAACCCUGUGGGCCAGGACUGAUUGUGUCACUUUGAUCUACUGCUUUACGUUUGUUCCAUGUUUGCUGAGGGUGACACCAUUACUGACGUAGCUUUAGCCUGUGUUAUUGUAGCUUGGUAAAUACACAGUUGUCAGCCGGGUGAUGAAUGGGGUCAGAGUUUGAAAAACUUCUGUAAUGAACGCGGUGUGAGAUUUAAGGCAAAACAAAAACAGCCUUUUUGAGUUUGUUCUGUUGAACUUAAUCUUGAGUUGUGCUUGUCAGACCUCGUGAUCAUUUUCUUUGUGUGGAAGAGAAUGUCAAAUCAAACUAACAAGCUAGUCUAUAACAUGAUUGCACCUUUGAUUUGCCAAACAUACCUCUAAAGUGAAGUUUUAUUUAAAUAAUUGGGUCCAUUCCUGCCAGAAAGGUCAGGGUUGGAUACAUGACAAUGUGCAAGAGCUAAAGGUGUGACUGCAAAAUUAGUUAAACAAUGUUCCAAACAUUACAGCGGAAAGGACAGGAUGUUCUCGACAGUCAGUGUACGCCUGAAAAAACAGCAGGUCGUUCUAGAGAUGGACCUCUGCAGGACAGUUACUGCCACAGAGGACUGAAUCAGGUCAUCUAAGGCAAGAGCAAUCCAGAUUUGUUACACACAGUCCUCACUAAAGCCUUUUAUGAAAACAGAAAGAAGGGAAACUGAUGCAUGUUGGAGAUGAACUCAGACGAUACUACUGUGUUGUCUGGAUUUGUAUUUGUAGCUUUACUUGUUUCUUAAACCAAACUUAGUGCAUUAAACUACCUACUAACAUUAUUUACAUAGCACUUGUAAAAAGUUACAAAGUUGAUAUUAAUUCAGUUAUUUUAUAAAGUAGUGACAUGUUACAUUCAGGAGUGAAAUAAAAAAAUGUGUAGCCUUCUGCAGUAUAUAGCAGUUUAUUUUUAUUUACCAAAGAUGUAACUGCACAAAAGCUGUCUACAUGAAGUUUUGGGGUUACAGUAACUUUCAUCUGCUUUUUAUCCUGAAGCUAAACUGAAUGUAAAAGUUUAAUCCAGAUUCAGGUCUGUUUUUCUUUACUUAUGUCAUAUCUAUAUAUGUUUAUGACACUGCGGCUGUACAAUUUUCUCCAAGGUUCACUUUCUUAUACCCUAUAAUUAAAAAUAUUAUAUUGUAAUAUAUUUACAUAUAUUAAAAGAUAUGCAAUAUAUGUUAGUGUUUUUUUCUUCACUGUUCAGAUAUAUUUUUUACAUUUAGAAUUUAGAGCGUUUACUAAAGAAAAUGUAAACAGCACACAGUAAAAACGUAUUUCUGUACAUGGUAUAUCCAGGUAUUCUUGCUUGAACAGCUACUGUAUAUUUUGAUUCUGUGGGUGAGUAUCAAAGCCCCAUUGUUAGUCCAAAAGCACCAGGUCUACACAUGCAGCUAUGUGUAUUUACAGAACACCUACAAACUUUUGUGCAGGAAUGUUGUUGUGUGGAACAGAAAUGUUAGAACUUGCACGUCUUUAUAUUCUUUUGUUUUACAACCCUUAAACCCCGCCCUUUUUAAACAACUGCCUUUACAAUCCGGCUGAAUAGACUCACUGAACCGGAGCUCAGGGAAACUGCCACAGCCCAUCCUACUACAAUAUGUCACGUUCAUGUUUUGAUAAGAUGUUCUCAUUGUUUCCUCAUUUCAUCAUCUCCUGUAGUCAUCUCAAACUGUGGCAUUUUAGUGCUCUGAUACUUUUCUGACCCAUCUCCUCUUGGCUGUUUCCCAAUCAAAAUAAAUCAGUUGCUAGGUUUAAUCAAUACAAGUAAAAUAGUGGCUUAUAUUAUGUACUACUGAACAAACUAGUGCAGCUUGGAUGUUUCUUUGUUUUGUAUUUAUGAUUUAAAUUAAAAGACAACUGUGAUAUGAGGGGGCAUCUGAGAUGUUUUCUUUAAUUGACUCAUUUGAUCAACCUAAUGAGACUGUGUGUUUGCUUUAUUCAGAUGUGUUUGUUAAUAUACAAGAAAUGUUCAGGGCUGUUUGGUUAUUACACAGCAGUUGGCAAUGAUGUAUUUUUAAGACUUCUAGACAAACUAAAAACUGUUUGGGGUUUGCAAGAUAUGAUUCUUUUUUUUCAUGGCUGCUUUAGGAAUAAGAUUGUAAAGAGCAUUUAAAAACACUGUAUAUUAGUUCCUAAAGUUCAUCAUGUAGUUCUUCUAAAUAUCCCUUUAGUAGAAGUGUAGAGUGAAGGAUUGAAAAUUUUCCAUAUUAUGUUUUGUUUUCUAAGGUUCAGCAUCAGUUUGGAAUAUAUUAUAAUAUUGUAUUUUGCUAUAAAGGAAGACACAGGACUUAAUGACUUGUGUCAUUGCUUUUGAAUUAAUAAAACACUUUGACAUA